AUGCUUUUUAAUGAUCAAGAGCAGAAUUCGCUCGUUUGCCUCCUAUUAGAUUACUCGGGUACUAGAGCGAUCGAGCCUAAUUAUUGGGGCCAAAAAUUAAAAAUCAUGAUGGAUGAGCAGAGAAAAUUAAGAGCUUACAUUUUGAGCGAACAAAUUCGGUAUUUAAAGGAUUUACAAGAUUGUGAAUAUUUGAGAGACUUUAUAAGAGAAUUUCCAUUACCUACCCCGUCCGAUAAAUUAUUUAUGUUACAAGCCAUUAAAAUUUGUCCAGAAGUACUAUAUUUUGCUCCCGAUGAAAUCAAAUCGGACAGAGAAAUUGUAUUGGAGGCUGUUAAAAAGGAUGGCCAUGCGUUAUCAUAUGCUCUUGACACUUUUUGUGAAGACCGUGAAAUUGUUUGUACUGCCAUUCAACAAAAUCCAGAGUCUUUUCGAUAUGCUUCCGAGGAGUUUAGAGGUGACAUUAAUAUUGUAAAACAAGCCCUUUUUCAUCCUCUCUCUCAAAAUAGCGAAUUUGUUGCCUAUGAUGUAUUAGAGUAUUGUCAAGAGCCAGCAACAAAGAUUAUCGAAAACGAUUACAACUUAAUUAUGGAGCUCGUAAAGAAAGAUGGUCGCAUUUUGAAGUUUGCAAGUACAGAAUUACAAUCAAAUCGUAAAAUUGUAAGAGAAGCUGUUUUGAAUAAUAGAAAAGCUCUUGCAUGGAUGGACGAAGAGUUGUUAACCGAUGAUGAAAUUAUUUCAGCUGCCUUUAAUUCUAAAAUAACAACCACCAAAGACAGCCGUAGACGAACUCAAAAGUUAAGAAUAUUGAAGUUUUUUGAUUCACACAUGAUAGCAACUUGCGAUCGUGAAUUUAUUUUAAAGAUCGUCAAACAUGAUCCAGAUUCUUUUGAAUUUGCAAAAGGUUUUUAUAACGACCGAGAAAUUGCAUAUGAAGCUGUUAAAGGAAAUGCUGCCAUGUAUGAAUUUAUUUCGAACAAUUUAACACAAGAUCGAGAAAUAGUGCUAGAGGCUGUAAGAAAGAAAGGACAACUGUUGAACAUGAUACCCAAGCACUUUCUGAGUGACAGAGAGAUAGUAUUGGAAGCAGUCAAAGCAGAUGGAGAUUAUGCUCUUCAGUUUGUAAAGAAUGAAACAUUAAGGAACGAUGAUGAAAUUAUUGAAGCGUAUGUUAAAAAAGGGUGUCUUCGUCAACUCAAAGGAACACGUCACGCAAGUAAUAAGUCCCUGGUCCUGCAAGCUGUACAGGUUGAUGGCAGAAGUUUAUAUUAUGCUGACUCUGAAAUGAAGGAAGAUAUUGAGAUUGUGUUGGCAGCCGUAAAAAGUUUUGGAUCUGCUUUGCAAGAGGCUUCUCAAGAGUUGAAAAACAACUUUGAAGUGGCCAUGGCAGCCGUAAGUGAAGAUGGUCGUGCUUAUAAAUUUGUAUCCGAUGAACUGAAGAACAACCAUGAUAUUAUUGUGAAAGCACUACAAAAAGAUGCUUCCAUGUUGGAAUUUGUCCCAGAAAAUAGAGUGACAACUAAAAUGGUUAUGGAAUGCAUGGAGGAACAACCUUGGACGUUUGAAUUUGCUCCACAAGAACUAAAAUGUGACAAGCAAUUCGUGAAAAACAUGAUCAAAAAAACAAAGGAUGGCAAAAUUUUAAAUAAGGCCAGUGAGGAAUUGAGUAAGGAUCUAGAAUUGGUGAGAGAAGCAGUGAAAUAUGGACUUCGUUUUCGAUUUAUUCCUCUUAAAUAA